AUGGGGAGAGUGAAGCUUCAAAUCAAGAUGAUUGAAAAUACGACUAAUAGACAAGUUACUUACUCAAAAAGAAGAAACGGACUUAUGAAGAAAGCUUAUGAACUUUCUGUUCUAUGUGAUGUUGAUGUAGCUCUCAUCAUGUUUUCUCCAUCUGGGAGACUCAGUCUCUUCUCUGGCAAUAAAAGCAUUGAAGAGAUUCUGGCACGCUAUGUUAAUCUUCCAGGGCAUGAACGAGGAGGACGUCUGCAUAAUCAAGAGUUUUUCCAGCGCGUUCUUGUUAAGUUGAGGAGGGAUGCUGAUCAAACCCAUCAAGCAACCAGCCCAAUCAGUACUGAUUCUGAUCAACUCGAGGAGAUUCAACAAGAAAUCCUAUGCUGCAAGUCACAAGUAAAAGAAGUGGAAAAUCAACUGAGGAUAUUUGAAGGUGAUCUUUCUGAAGUCACGACAUUGAAUGAGGCUGAGUACCGAGAGCAGAUCCUUGAGGAAACUCUGAAACGUAUGCAUGUGCGCAAGCAAAUCCUGGAAGAGUAUGAUUCUUCUCCUACAGCUACAACAAAUGUAGAUGAAUUUGUGACAGCAAGUCCACACAAUAUUCUGGUUGACUGGCUUCCACAAAGAGACCCACAAGUAGUUCAGAUCCUCAACUUCUUGAAUGCAAAUGGCCUUCUUCCCCUAAGAGGUGAGGCGAAAAGUAGACUUGAAGUCAUAGCAGCACCCGAGUCAUCAACACUCCUUCAUGGCAUAAAUCUUGAAGAUCAGAUGAACCCAGGCAGAGGCAGUGGUUUAGACGAUGAGAAUAACAACACUACUUUGCAACGUCCAGAGUUGGGACAAGUUAUUGAUGUCAACUUGUCCCCGUGGAAUGAGUUCUACCAGACAAGUAAUGAACUGGUUUCUGCUUCACGUCCCACAGGACGAGUACUUGAAGAAAUAUAUUUGUCGUCUGAUCAGUUCAUCAAUCAAACCACCAACUUUCUUGAGUACACCACCAAAUCAUCUGCAUGA